AUGUCGGACUCAUCAUCUUUACCUUUGGGCUUAGUCAUAUAUUCGGCAGUCAAACCAAUCUUCAAAAUAUAUUUCAUUAUAGCCAUUGGGUUUUAUCUAGCUAAACGAAAUAUUCUAUCAGUUUCAACAUGCCGUGACAUUUCUGACACUGUUGUCACAGCAAUUAUGCCAUGUUUGAUCUUCAAUAAUAUUGUCAGUAACUUAAAAUCAUCGGAUAUUAAAAACAUUGGGAUAAUUGUUUUCACUUCUGCACUACUAUUUGUAUUUGGGGGGUUACUAGCAUAUGGUAUUCAUAUAAUUACCAAAUCCCCAAAACGAUGGUUAGGCGGUUUAAUUUCGGUGGGUAUCUUUCCUAAUAUUAGUGACUUGCCUAUUGCCUAUUUACAAACUUUUGCUAAAGGUGGUGUAAUCUUCACAACAGCACAGGGAGAAAAGGGGGUGGCUUAUGUUUGUAUUUUUUUGAUGGCUAUGGUAAUGUGUCAGUUCUCAUUUGGUUUGUUUAGGCUUAUUGAAUACGAUUUCCGAGAUGAGUUGAAGGUUGACGAGGAAAAUAAAGAGUGUAGUGAUUCAGAGAGCAGUAUCAGGCGCCAGAUUGAACAUGAAAAGUCUACCAAUCCUAGUGCAACGGGUAUAGGAGCUGAAGAAUCUCGUGCUACUCCAAAUAAUACAAAUUCCGAUUCUGAUUCAAUAAUUAGUCAAGCGGUUGUUUCAGAUCAAUUAGAUAUUGACGAAGAAGAACAAGAUCAGCAUAACCAAUUUCUUAAGACAAAGGCAGAACAAGCUGAUAAGACUAGGAGCAGACUGUCUUCUGAUGGAAGUGAAGGGUCAGUUGUAAGACGCCGUACAUCAAAUACAUCUGAGUUGAGUGUUCCAUAUACUAUCACGCUGGUGCUUUCUAGAACAAGCGAUUUGCGAAGACAAAGAUCGCAGAAUGUCCAAGAUGUCAUCAAUGAAUAUUCGGAAUUUGACGCAUUGCGAAACAACGAAGUACAAAGGACAAGAACGGCAACAUCAGAAAUCGCAGCUGAGCCUUCAGUGAAAUCUGAAUCCAAGGUCACAAAUUAUUUGAAGCAGUUGUUCAAAAAUAUCACCACACCAUGUUCACUUUCAUUAAUUCUAUCAAUAGCCAUUGCAAUGGCUCCACCACUCAAGGCAUUGUUUGUGACAUCAAACUUUUAUAUACCUAACGCACCCGAUAAACUCCCCCCAUUGUCGUUUAUUAUUGAUUUUACCAGUUAUGUUGGUGCUGCAUCUGUUCCUUUGGGGUUGAUAUUACUUGGUACAACUUUGGCAAGAUUGCAAGUGAAAAAAAUGCCUCCAGGGUUUUGGAAAACGGCAUUGCUAAUCACUGUUGCCCGAUUAAUUAUCAUCCCAAUAUUUGGUGUGGGUGUCACAACCGGGUUCAACCAAGGUGGAUGGUACGGUGGUGACAGUUUGGUGAGAUUUGUUAGCGUUUUAGAAUUUGGAUUACCAAACGCUACUUCGUUGGUGUACUUUACUGCAUUCUACACAGACCCACUAAGUGAAGAACAUUUGCAGAUGGAUUGUUUGGCAAUUUGUUUGAUUUGCCAGUAUGCUAUCUUAUGGAUUACAUUACCCUUUUUAACUACUUUUACAUUGAAGGUGUCGAUGCGGUUGUAA